UAUCGAGGGCCGGGGGCUGGAUGUGUCUGUUGUUAUGUUGCUGAAUAAAAGAGUGUACUGAGAGUGAAAGAAAAGACGAGCGAGCUGAGGGAAGCGGUAACCUGAGGCUCUUCAGAUCCUCCUCUGACACUAUGAGUGGAUUCCACAGUUCCUGCUUGGACUUCUCCAGUUGAUGAUUUAGCAACUGGGCUGGAAAUGGCGGACAGUGUUCGAACCUUCCUCCGUGAUGUUGUGACGGGAAUCAAAGACUCCAUCCUGGGGAUCAGGACAAUCUCCAAGCUGGAUGCCCGUAUUCAGCAGAAAAGGGAGGAGCAGAGGAAGAGGCGGGCCAGUGGGGUGCUGGCACAGCGGCGGGCCCAGAGCGAGGAGCGCAAGCAGGAAAGUGAGCCAAAGUUAGCCAGUCGUAUUUUCCAGUGUUGUGCAUGGAAUGGGGGAGUGUUCUGGCUCAGUCUGUUUCUUUUUUACCGCGUGUUCAUCCCACUUCUCCAGACUCUUACAGCGAGAAUCAUUGGUGACCCCUCCCUGCAUGGUGAUGUCUGGUCCUGGCUCGAGUUCAUCCUGACGUCGGUGUUCAGUGCACUGUGGGUGCUGCCCCUUUUCGUGCUCAGCAAGAUUGUCAACGCAAUUUGGUUUCAGGACAUUGCUGACAUGGCGUUUGAGGUCUCUGGGCGAAAGGUCCAGCCCUUCCCUAGCGUGAGCAAGAUCAUUGCUGACAUGCUCUUCAACCUGCUCCUACAGGCCCUCUUUCUUAUUCAGGGUAUGAUUGUUAGCCUGUUCCCCAUCGAUGUGAUCGGCCAGAUGGUUAGCCUCCUUCACAUGUCACUGCUCUACUCCCUCUACUGCUUCGAAUACCGCUGGUUUAACUAUGGAAUAGAAAUGCAUCAACGGCUCUCCAACAUCGAAAGGAACUGGCCAUACUACUUUGGCUUUGGUCUGCCCAUGGCUCUGCUGACCGCGCUGCAGUCUUCAUACAUCAUUAGCGGCUGCCUCUUCUCAAUCCUCUUCCCGCUCUUCAUCAUCAGUGCAAAUGAGGCCAAACCUCCAGUAAAACCUUAUUAUUUCCAGCUGCGCCUCUUCUCCUUGGUGGUGCUCAUCAGCAACAAGCUGUUUCACAAGACAGUGCACCUGCAGGCAACCCUGACAGCCUCUACCUCCUCCGAGAGACUGCCCUCCCCCCAUGCCUCUCCAGCUCGCCAGCGGCCCCUACCCGCUCAGUGAUCACAUCCUGCAAUGUGCGACAGAACAUGUGUCAAUGCCUAGAAUGCACAUGCGGACCAGGAAGUGAAACGCAAAUAGGAGCUUUCAGAUGCUCUUUUAACAGUGGAUUUUUUUCAGUCUUGAAGGCAUGCUCAGAUGAAGGGUAUUUUCCUAAGUGUUUUUCAAAAUUUGUAAGGCAAAAAGAUUAGGAUUAUUUUUACUGUGGCUGACACCUUUUAGACUGAACUGCCCCAUGUCUCAUACCUUUACACUUUGUUCUUUAUGAAUUAUGUUUUGUGUUGUUUGUUUUCUAUAAGUUAUGUGCCAUUGUUUUGUUCUUUGCAGUCAUGUCACAGGUGUGGUUACAUUUUAAACUUCCACCCAUUUUGCCACUGAUUUCUGUUUAUUUUCCAUUUUAUAUCUCUUUAGUUGCAAAUUUAAUGACAUAGAAUUGUUUUAUGUACCUGUUAGGAAUGAAAAGCAUUUCUCAGUGCAAAUCUAAGGAAUUGUUGAGUUGUGUUGGUCUGCUUCACAGCCGUAGCAGUGUCAGAAACUGUGAGCAGCGCAGUUUGACAAGUGUCAUUAGAGACAUCUUGAAAAGAUAUCUUAGGCCUGAAGAAGGAGGUGGUUUUUUUUAUUUUUAAAAACCUUAAAGGUGCUUAACUGGUGUUGAGAAUCACAGCACACUGAUUUUCACUUUUAUUUUCUCUCAAUGGAUGUAGAUUCACACAGAUGUAAGUCCCAUCUCUUCCUUGUUGCACCAGAUUCUAUCAUAGAUCACCUUAAUUUAACCUUGUGACUUUUAAGGUUUCAAUCAUCUAGGUGGACCUAUGAGCGCAGUCUGUUGUCAAAACAUAAGGGAUACUUUUUAUUUUUGAAAGAAUUUGUGUUUUUUUUUUUUUUUUUUGAUAGGUGGCUGACAGGGAUGUGCCAGAAGAAUUUAAUUUCACAAUGGUGGCUACAGUGAAGAAAGCUGUCUUUUUGACUGUAUCCAGUGGUUGGAUAGCUGGUAUGUGGGAUACACUUUUCCCAUUUAAAGAGCAAUUUCAAUUGAUUUACCCAAGUGUUCACUUCAAGAAGGAGCUUUUUUUUAAUGGCAUGAGUGCAGCUCCUUUUGAGGUUACAAAUAAUGGAGACCUCUCCCGUGCGCAUAAUAUUUUACAAUGCUUGUUAAAAACAUCCCUUGCUGAAAAUUCUCGCAAGUUUCAUCUUGUAGUUUUAUUCUCCAUGUCUUUGCAGUAGCUAGUCUCUAACUGCUUGUAUAUACAGUUUGAUUUAACAAAAAACAAAAAGAUACCAUGGUUCUCAUAAGUCAAGCUAAAUCUAGUUCUAGUGAUCAUUAAAUUGGUGGUGCACGACUGGGGUUCAGACAAAGCCGACAGUUUAUAGGUACUUUUAAUACAUUUUU